ACUUGGUACCAUUACCUAAAUCUUAGCUGUAAACACACCACACCUGCUCCCUCUCUCACUCUGCAACUUUCAUCCUCCACCAAUUUACUGCAAAAUCAUUCACACACACAUCACACCCACUGUUUUCACACACACAUUCAUGGAGAUUCUCUCACUCUUCUUCCAAUCAAUCUUCACCCCAUCAUCAUAAUCACCCACACCUACAUUCACCCACAACCCACCAUGAAAUUCACCAUCUUCUUCUUCCUCUUCAUCUUCACAUUCACAACCACCACCACCACCACCACCGUCAACAACCGCCGGACACUCCACCAGCCGUUUUUCCCACAAGACUCACCACCAGCACCAUCACCACCGUCAUCAACCGAUGUACCCUUCACACCCACCCCCACCACCACCGCAUCUCCACCAUCUGACCAUCCGUUCUUCCAAGAAUACCCCUCACCACCGCCUCCACAAACCUCAACUCCGUCAGCCUCUUUUCCAGCCAACAUCUCGUCACUAAAUCUCCCAAGUUCUGCUAAAUCCAAAUCAGUGUCAUCAAAACUAAUCGCAACCGCUGUCACGCUAGUAAUCGCCGCCGCUAUCGUUGUCGCAAUCGUAAUUUACCUACGAGUUAAAAAGCAUCGAAGAUCUCCCACCGAUACUACGUCGUUUAGCGACGAGAAAACUCACAGAUCCGAUAGUAGUAGCAGAGUAGUUAUUACUAACAAUGCAGAUUCUAUUACUAGUGGAGGCAGUGUUAGUAAUAAUAAUAACAAUAAUACUAAUAGGAUACCGAAGCUUAGUCGUCCGUCACAAACUAGUGCGGAAUUUCUGUACCUUGGUACUAUUGUUAAUUCCAGAAAUGGAAUAGAUGGAACAACAAUUGGGAUUGUUAAUAAUCACCGUGUAGAUGGUGAUGGUAAGAAGUUGAGGAAAUUGGAUUCACCCGAACUCCGCCCACUGCCGCCACUUACGAGUGUCGGUGCGGGCGGAGUACCGACGAUGAGUAAUUUGGGGAAUAAUAAUUUUGAAAAUGUGGAAGUUGAAUCUUCUAAAGAUGAAGAGUUUGAAGAGUUUUAUUCGCCUCGUGGGUCUAUUGGUACCGGAUCUGGUUCCAGAACCACUUUUGGUGGAGUUCCGGUGGAGAAUUAUGAGUCCGGGAGGAUAAUUGGGUCGGUUCCGGGUUCGGUUUCGGGUUCAGGUUCGGGUUCGUCGUCUUGUUCUUCGUCUAGUUCGGGUUCUCCGGUGAGGUCUGUGUCGUUGAGUAUUUCGCCGCCGGUGAGUUUGAGUCCGAUUAGAUCCCGGCCGAAGUCGCCGGAGCUUUUGUCGAUUCAAACCCCUCCGCCGCCGUCUCGGUUAGCUCCUCCGCCGCCACCACCACCUCCGCCGCCGCAGAAUCUGGUCAUCCCAUCGCCGGAAAUUGGAUUGUCGGAUUUUUCAAGUGAUCAAUAUUCACCGCCACCGCCGGCGAGAACUCCUCCACCACCGCAGAAUCUGGUCAUCCCAUCGCCGGAAAUUGAAUUGUCGGAUUUUUCAAGUGAUCAAGAUUCACCGCCACCGCCGGCGAGAACUCCGCCGCCGCCACCGCCACCGCCGCAGAAUCUGGUCAUCCCAUUGCCGGAAAUUGGAUUAUCGGAUUUUUCAAGUGAUCAAGACUCACCUCCGGCACCGACGAGAAUUCCGACACCGCCGCCGCCACCGCCACUACCGCCAACGAAGUACUGGGACUCUCAGAGUCCGAAAACACCCGCAUCGGUUCGUCCACCGGUUUUAGUGACGCCUGCGAGACCCGUGCCUGUGAUCAACGAUCAAGAUCAACCGGAGGUGUCGCCUAUGGAACCAUUGCCGGAAAAUCAAGAAAAUCUUGAAACACCAAAACCGAAACUGAAACCGCUUCAUUGGGAUAAAGUUAGAGCAAGUUCUGAUCGAGAAAUGGUGUGGGAUCAACUCAAAUCUAGUUCUUUUAAGUUGAAUGAGGAGAUGAUAGAGACAUUGUUCAUUGUUAAGACGCCGAACUCGAGUAAUUCAAACGAAUCAUCCGCCACGAGACGGGCAAUUCUACCGACACCAAUGAGCCAGGAAAACCGAGUUCUUGACCCGAAAAAGUCACAAAACAUUGCAAUUUCGCUUAGGGCACUCAAUGUGACAAUUGAUGAAGUUUGUGAUGCACUUUUAGAAGGUAAAUUUGCUUCAUUUCCACAAAAGUUUACAUUUUUUUUUUUGAGUUUUUUCGUUAUAAUUUUUGUUUGUGAUCAUACAGGUAAUGCGGAUACACUGGGGACCGAGCUUCUCGAGAGUUUGUUGAAAAUGGCUCCGACUAAAGAAGAAGAACGGAAGCUAAAAGAAUACAAAGAUGAUACGCCUUUUAAGCUUGGUCCGGCUGAGAAGUUUCUAAAGGCGGUUCUUGAUGUACCGUUUGCGUUUAAAAGAGUCGAGGCAAUGCUUUACAUAUCCAACUUUGAGUCCGAGGUCGAGUACCUUAAACGCUCUUUUCAAACUCUUGAGGCUGCAUGCGAAGAGCUUAGAAACAGCCGAAUGUUUCUAAAACUCCUAGAAGCCGUUUUGAAAACCGGAAACCGCAUGAACGUAGGAACAAACCGAGGUGAUGCACACGCUUUCAAACUCGACACACUCCUUAAACUUGUUGACGUUAAAGGCACCGACGGAAAGACAACUCUUUUACACUUUGUCGUUCAAGAAAUCAUCAAAAGCGAAGGGGCUCGCCUUUCUAUUCCCGACGCCCAAAGCCCCACCGUUGCUAAUGACACAAAGGCCCGCAAACUUGGUCUCCAAGUCGUCGCUGGUAUCAGUUCCGAACUCUCAAAUGUCAAGAAAGCUGCAGCCAUGGAUUCCGACGUUCUUAAUAGUGACGUGACGAAACUAUCCAAGGGUAUUUCCGACAUUUCACAGGUUGUCAGGUUAAACGAAACACUUUCGGAUGGUGUAAACCGCGAAAGAUUCUCAGAAUCCAUGAACGCGUUUAUGAAAACCGCGGAGGAAGAGAUUAUCAAGAUUCAAGCUCAAGAAAGCGUCGCGUUUUCGUUAGUAAAGGAAAUAACCGAAUACUUUCAUGGGAAUUCCGCUAAAGAAGAAGCACACCCCUUAAGAAUAUUCAUGGUAGUGAGAGAUUUCUUGACGGUUCUUGAUCGCGUGUGCAAGGAAGUUGUGUCGGUAAAUGAACGAAUAGUCGUUAGUUCGGCUCAUAAGUUCCCCGUGCCAGUAAACCCGACACUUCUACCGGUAUUUACGCGACAGUUUAGUUCCUCAGAUGAUGAAAGUAAUUCUUCAUUUCGACUGUCAUCAUAGGUAAUGGCAUUCUUGUGUUGUUGUUGGUGUUGUAUUUGUAUCAUAAAGUUAGAAGAUUUUGAAUGUUAAUUUGAUUAUAGAUAUAUAUAAAUAUAUAUGAUAUAUAUACGGAGGAGAUUUUGGAAGAAUAAGCAUAUAUCUCUGUAAAAAAAAACAAGUUCAUUUAUGCUACAUUUGUUCUAUGGAAUUAGAUUCUCUGUACCCUCCA